GAUGCAUUGCAAGCGCUGAAGACUGGAAAAGUGGAUAUUUCCGGCAACAUCUCUAUUGAGUUGUACAGAGGGCUGCAGAACAGCAUCUCUGCCAAGGAGAUAUUUUCCAGACCGCUGUUCAUUUGGUACGACUACAUCUGCUGCCCCCAGCACGCUACAGCCUUUGCAUUGCGUCAGAUGGCUGUCAACAGCAUCCCAGCCUAUGUUGACAGAUGCCAGUUCUUCGCCAUUCUUUGUCCUCACGUCCGUCAUGAAGCAGACAAUGUUCUCCUGAAUAAGAGGAACUGGGCCAGCCGUGGUUGGUGCCGGAUGGAGCAGAUGGCCCAGGAGCUCAGCACCAAGCAGAGGUGUGUAUCCAUCGAGAUACAUGGCGCUACACAUGUGGUCGAGGCUCCAACAUACGGCUGGAUUCAAGCUCCUGUCGGAGGAGGUCAGUUCACGUUGCCAAGCGACCGUGACAAGCUUGCUCCUGUGGUACAGGACAUGGUGCGUCGAAAGCUACAUGCAUACCUUGCGCGUGGAGAUCUGGCCAGCUACAGGAUGAUGCUAAACAUGCAGAACGUCCACUACAGAAACCUCCCCCUCAACCCUGUGGACGACAUCCUUCCCGGUUAUGUUUCGAACAAUCAAGAUCCAGCAACCGCCCUGAUGGAAAACUUCAUGUACCAGAAUGGCUUUGACUCCAUUGACCAGCGCACUGCAGACGGGUGGUCUCCGAUGUGCUUUGCGGCCUUGGAUGGAAGACCCCUCCUACUUGCAGCAUUACUGGAUAAUGGCGCCGAUGUCAACGACCGAGUGACGCAACAAUCAUCGUCCAAUAACUUCGGGUUGUGUCCUCUUGUCCACAUCUGCGCUUUCCUCUCGCAUAAUGAGGCCCUGCAGCUGCUUAUCGAUCGGCAGGCCGAUGUAAAGGCAAGGGACGGGUAUUCCACCACAGCUCUUGCUUGGGCAGGAUUUUCGGACAAUGUCGCAGGGAUCCAUGCCCUAAUCGCCGCCGGUGCAGAUCCGACAAUGCUGGACAUGAUUGGGUAUGCCCCGUUUGCUCUAGCUAGCUCAGCAGGCGCUAUUUCAUCCAUGACUGCUCUAUUGCCUUACACACCGCGGCAACAAAUUGACAAGUCGCUGUUGUUCACCAUGCUGCAGGGAGGAGGCUCCGCUCAAGUGGUGUCGACGUUGGUCGCUCUCGAUGCGGAUGUGAACCAUCAGGCCUCUACGCCCCUGCUCAGUCCUCUUGGCAUCUGGUUUGGGUGCUUGAGCCUUCGGCAUCAGCUGAACGAAUCCAAGUUGAGUGCCUAUGCAUACCACUACGAGGGCCUGACGCCUCUGAUGUGCAGCAUUCUGACCAGCUCCUAUGAAGCCACAGCUGUGCUCUUGGGAGUGGGUGCACGGACGGAUCUGCGGAAUGCACGCGGCAAGACUGCGCUUGACCUGGCCAGAGACCGGGUUUUUGUUAAGGAAAUUAUAGAACAAGUUACCAUAAUAAUCGGGAUCUACAGUAAAUAG